AUGCAGGACAAACCAACAUAUCAUGGUUCAAGGCCACUAACAGCAGCUGAAAAGAAUUAUUCACAGUGUGAAAAAGAAUUGCUUGCUGUGGUAUUUGCUGUAAAUAAAUUUCAUCAUUUUAUUUAUGGCAGAGAUGUCAAAAUUAUAACUGAUAAUAAACCAUUGUUGGGAAUAAUGAAGAAAGACUUAAGCAAAGUACCAUCACCAAGGUUACAAAGACUCAAGUUGAAACUAAUUAGAUAUAAUCUAAAUUUUGAAUAUUGUCCAGGUAAACAUAUGUAUAUUGCUGAUUUGUUGUCAAGGUCAUAUAUUAAAGAUGAAGUACAAGAUGAUCCAGAUAUGAAAGAGAUAGUGCAUAGUAUUGAGAAGCAUUUUAGUAUAUCUGAGGAGAGAAGAGCUCAAUUUGAGAAAGCUAUACAGCAUGAUAGUGACCUAAGUAAGUUAAUAGAGUAUAUAAAAAAUGGAUGGCCUAAAUAUUUUAAGAUGAUACCAAAUUCUUUAAGACCAUACUGGCAAUAUCAAAAUGAUAUAACAUUAUCAAAUAACUUAUUAUUAUUAAAGGACAGAUUGAUAGUUCCAAGAACAUUAAUACAAGACAUGUUAGAUCUUUUACAUGAAACACAUUUUGGAAUGACAAAGACCAAACAAAGAGCCAAAGAAAUGUUAUAUUGGGUAAAUAUGAAUGCUGAGAUAGAAAAGUUAAUAAGAAAUUGUCAAAUUUGUGAGAGAUAUUCACCAAAACUCUGUAAAGAACCAAUGAUACCACAUGAGAUACCUAAUAGACCAUUUAAAAAAGUUGCUAGUGAUAUAUGUGACUAUGGAGGCAAAAGUUAUCUGAUUCUCAUGGAUUAUUAUUCAAAAUGGCUAGAGAUUAAACAAAUGAAAGGAAAAACAUCAUAUGAUGUGAUUAAUGCACUGAAAGAGAUAUUUUCAAUACAUGGUAUACCUGAUGAGUUAAUUUCAGAUAACAUGCCAUACAACUCAUAUGAAUGCAGACAGUUUGCCAAGCAAUGGAAUUUCAAAAUAUGCACAAGUAGUCCUCAUUACCCCAAGUCCAAUGGACUUGCAGAGAAAGGUGUUGGAAUAGCAAAAAUGAUGCUUCGUAAAGAUCAAGAUUUAAUGUUAAGCUUGCUAAAUUAUCGCACUACUCCUAUUGUAGGGCUGAACCUGACUCCUUCACAAUUGCUAAUGGGACGAAACUUAAAAACUAAAAUCCCUAUUGAUGAAAAUAAAUUGUUACCAAAUAGUUAUAAUAAUUCUAAUAUUAAAAAUGAGAUUUGUAGGAAAAGAGAGUUAGAUAAAAAAUACUAUGAUUUAAAUUGUAAAGUUCGGAACAGUUUUAAUGAAGGCCAAUUUGUUGUGAUUCAGAAUCAAAAUAAUAACGAGUGGGAGGCAGGUCAGAUUGUUAAACCUGUUCCUGACUCACCUAGGUCUUAUAUUGUCAAAGACUCAAGAGGCGCUAUUGUACGUAGAAAUAGUUCCCAUUUAAAAAGUUCUGAAAGUGGUUCAGUGAUUGAUCAAAAUACUUGUUGUGACAGUGCGGAUCAAAACUGUGAUAGUUCAUCCGAGAUAGUGUCCGUACAUCAAGAAAAUGAGCGUCCAAAAAGACAAAUUAAAAACCGGUUAAAUUUAAAGAUUACCAAUUAUUUUAAGAAGGGAGAUGUUGUAUCUAUGGAUUAUUAUAUGUUAAGUUUAAUCUGUAGCAUCUUGAUAUGA